CGGACAAACACGAAAUAUAUAAACAUAGUGAAAAUGUUCUGUAUCAUAGUAUUAGCUUGUAUUUUCCUUGCUGACGUUCAUGGUCAAGUUUAUCAUGAUAAUCCUUAUCGUACUCGUCCUUACCAAGCUGAAUACUACUUCAGAAACCCUCAUCAUCACCAGCACUCCGAACAAAUCCGGGACUAUACCGGAGAAGUUACAGGUCAAUACGGUUACCAUGAUUACAGGGGAAUCGGUCAGCAGGUCAACUACGCCCCUACUCCUAUAGUCUCUGAUCGUCUUCCCAUACCAAGCUACUAUGAUGUUCCUUCCUAUGACGAUCCUUUUUACGGCUACGGUCUCUGAAUUUCUGAAGUUAUCUGGGAUACACCAGCCUCCUUUGAAAUGUUUGUAUUUAAUUUGUCUGGGAAGUAUCUUACUUA